GUCCUCCAUCCAUCUUCCCCUUCCGUCUCUUUCUUCCCUGUCGUCCUUCUUCCUCCCUCUUCCCAGUUGUUGUUGUUCCAGUUGUCCACCCUUCCCCCACCAUCCCCACUAUUCCCCCCCCCCCCACCUCGUUCGCGCGUCCUGCUCAUCCUCAUUUGUCCCGCGACCUGGCUUCCCGUUCUCUUCUCUCCGCUCUGCCUCCUUUAUCCGCCGUGUUUAACUACCCUCCGGCUAAAGGUUUUCGAGCUUCGUACUCCUUUGAUUCUGACCCUCACCGCCGCCUUUUGUGGGAAUCUGUCCUCAAGCUUAUCGCUAGAAUUUUUCCCCCCGAAUCGGACCAGCUCAACGGACCAACCAACGACAACAGCAACAACAACCGACCGUCCUCGAAGAUACCGGGAAACCCGAAGGCAGAGGAAACGACUGUGGGACCGAACCAGUUUUCUUCCCUUCCUUGAAACAAAACACAGAGCACCGUCGCAACCCACUCGGUACCCAUCGUUUAUCCUCCCAUUCACUUGUGAGGAUCAUCAUGGCUGCCGUCGGAAUGAUUACACAGUUUGCUUGUAAGUUGCUGCCCUCGUUGAUUCGGGGAAGCGGAUGAGAUGCUGGAUAUUUGCACUUUGGGGAUGGACAUCUUGUUUUCUGCCGUGUCGUUGAACAAGGCUUUCCUCUGCGCUAGUGUUUUGGGGACUGACAUUUGAUCGACGGGGAUGUGCAGAUCGGACACAAAAAACCAUCGGCUUGAUUAAUGGCCACCCUCAAUACUCGCACCAACCCGGCUUCGAUAGGUAAGCCCAUGAACGGUUCUUCCGUUUUGCGCAUCUCUGCAUGCGAUUCCUGGCUUCGGCUUCCUGACACUUUACCUGUCCUGCAGGCCUGAAACGAACAGUAGAUGCUGCACCUAUAGCCCUGAUGGAAGGUAUUUUGCUUGGUCUUGUAAUGAAGAGUAUGACCCUGUCCUGACUGAAACGGUUCUCACCUUGUUGCCUUUGAUCGUGGCUGACUUUCGCCUCUCCAGCGUGAAGAUUGCCAACCCAAAUACUGGGGAAAUCGUCACUGCUCUGCCAGCCCAAAAUGUUCAAGAAAUUGGAUUCUCUCCUCGUGGUAGCUACAUCAUCACAUGGGAACGACCUAGUAUGUUAAACCCACUUGGGUAUCAAGAGAUGGAGCUAACUCGCUCCCAGCUCAGCAGGAGGACGGUGGCGCUACGAAGAAUUUGAAGAUUUGGAGAACUGAGACAGCUGAGCACGUUGUAGCAUUCGUGCAGAAAUCUCAGUCAGGAUGGAACCUCCAGUACACGUAUGACGAAAAGUAUUGUGCGCGCGUGGUUACAAAUACUGUGCAGUUCUUUGAAUCUACGAACAUGAAAGCGGUCUGGAAGAAUCUUCGUCUGGAGGGGGUCGCCGAAGUUGCGCUGAGUCUGGGGGAGAACUAUUCAGUGGCAGCAUUUGUUCCGGAGCUGAAGGUGACUUUUUGUUUGCCCAAAUCACCUGUUUCCCGUGACCACCACUAACCUUUAUUGGUUUCAGGGCAAUCCGGCGGUCGUCAAGAUCUUUCAGGUCCCUAAUUUCAAUGACGUCCUGUCGCAGAGGAGCUUUUACAAAGCUGACAGGGUACAACUCAAGUGGAAUGUCUUGGGCACCAGUGUUUUGGUAUUUUCUCAAACCGACGCCGACCAGACUGGGAAGAGCUAUUACGGGGAGACCAAUCUUUAUUUGGUUACUGUGGCUGGGAAUUCUGACUGCCGCGUUUCGCUUGGUAUGUGCUCACUGGGGUUUCUCAAACACUUGGCUAAUAGCAAACUUUAUCCUUAUAGAUAAGGAAGGUCCGAUUCACGAUGUCGCUUGGUCAACCGAUUCGAAGGAGUUUGGCGUUGUGUACGGAUUUAUGCCCGCAAAGACCACAAUCUUCGAUGCGCGGGCCAACCUCAGCCACCAAUUGCCGGCCGGCCCGAGAAACACGAUUAUUUUUUCUCCUCAUGCUAGAUGGGUGCUUGUUGCAGGGUUCGGGAAUUUGCAAGGCUCGAUGGACAUAUACGAUAGGCAAGCCGGGAUGAAGAAGAUUUGCACUAUCGAAGCAUCCAACGCGAGUGUCUGUAAAUGGAGCCCGGACGGCCGCCAUAUCCUCACUGCCACGACAAGCCCGAGAUUGAGGGUGGACAACGGGGUCAAAAUUUGGCAUUAUACUGGGGAUUUGAUGUACACUCUUGAUUUGGACGAAUUGUACCAUGUGACUUGGCUCCCCCAGAGUGCCCCUAUGCAUCCUUUGCCUAAUCCGCUCCCCCCGGCGCCUACUCCUCAUGAAUCAGCUCUAGCCCACGUUGCAACGACGACUCCUAAAAAGCCGGCCGGAGCUUACAGGCCGCCCCACGCCCGUAAUACGGCGACCCCCCUUCAUUUUAAACGUGAGGAUGAAGGCGGAGCGGCUCAUAUUUACACCAAUGGUUCUGGGACUGGAAGUGGCAGCGGGUCAAAUGGAUUGUUUGGAAAGGGCCGAAGGAGAGAAGUUCCCGGAGCAGCACCGGCGGAGAAGCUGGUCCCAGGAGCUGCUCCUGGUGGCGGCGUCUCUUUGGCCGGAACUGGCGCAGGUGCCGACGAAGAAAACCCGAGCCGAACUGCGGUGAAAAAUAAGAAGAAACGUGAGGCUGCCAAGAAGGCCAAAGCUGAGCAACUGCAGCAACAAGCUGCCAAUGCUGCCGGAAACGGAAUUUCGCAGGGACCUCAAACCGAUAGAGAAGGCCGGGAGGGUAAUGGGAGAAAUCCUCAGCAGCACCAUACCAGGAGCAAGUCCAGAACCAAUCAGCAAGGGGAAGGCCAUCGCAGAUCCAAGAGCAAGACUGGUGGAGAAAAUCAAAACCACCACGGCCGACACCAUUCUGAGCAUCAUCAGCUUCAAAUCAGGACUGGCGCUGAUAGUCUUGCUCCCCCGAUUGACCCAUCGACACCCCAGAAACGUCAGACGGACCAAGAUGCCGAACCUCAAACACCUGACGGAACCCCGAGUACUCAGGACAAGAAGCUUAGAGGGUUGCAUAAGAAGCUUCGCGCCAUCGAGGAUCUCAAGCAGAGACUUGCGAAUGGGGAAAAGUUGGAAGAUACCCAGCUCAAGAAAAUCAGAACUGAGGACCAGGUUAGGAGGGAGUUGAAUGGCCUCGCUUGACAUUUCUUGCCUUGGGUUGGCAAUUUCUAGCUGUGUUUAGUGGGACAUUAUGCGUUUGUGUAUAACCAUCCAAUUGUACGAGAAAAUAGCCUGCUUUUGUUUUUUGUCUUUUUUGCAUGGCAUGGGCCUGGUGAGAUUUGCAUUAAAUACAAUAGCAUGGGUCGGGCUGUACGGUGGUUGUCUGGCCUGUUCGAGAUUGUUCGAUAAAUCUGUGAUAAAAAAGAAAACGCCUCAAAAGGUAGAAUAAUGCGCUUUUCGGUCAAAUGCGAUUUCUAAACGAGUGCUUGUGAACAUUGACACUCACUCGUUAUUACUGCCAGCUCUGCCCUCAGCUCAACGAGAUCCUGCUGCGGUGUAUCGUCCAACUCCGCCCUUAGCUCAAUGAGAUCCCUCCGCCGUAUAUCAUCUGACUCCGCCUUCAGCUCAACGAGGUCC